AUGAAACUAAGAGUGAAUGGCCUUCUGACCGACUGUUACACAGGAGAUAGAAUGUUGUUCAUCACACCCCCAAUGAAGCCCCUCCCGAGAGUCUUGAAUAUGGAAAACUUCAAAGCCCGAAUCUACCAUGAGGGCCAAGUCAAGAGCCCCACCCUGUGCUCAAAAUGUUUAGCUCAGGGGCAUCAUGCAUCAACGUGCACAAAAGAAGUGGUGUGCAGAAAGUGUUCGAAGGCUGGUCAUAAAGCAUAUGAAUGCAAGCAACAAACCGGUGGCGAUGAGAUUCCAAGUAUGCGUGAAACCCAAAUGUCUGACAGGUGCGACGGGAAGCCACGAGCACAACCUAUACAGAAGACGCGCGACACGUCGAUGGAUUCCAAUGCAGAUGACUCAGCUCGCGAUUUAAUUUCUGAUCAUUUCCAGAGCAACAGAUCAUUACGUAACAGGAAAGAAGCACCAAAAUCGCAAGCAAAGAUCACGCAGUUUAUUUCAGCGGAACGGGCGAGCGAUCGCGAAAAUGCUUCUCAGAGAGAUUCGGAGAGUGAUGGUGACUCAGAGAGUGAUAGUGAAGACGCCAACACACUUGAAGUUGAAGAAGAGUACUCUGAUAUGUCGGCAGAUUCACCGAAACUCCCUGAAGAUGGGAAGAAGUUCGCCAGUGCUAAACGGUCAAGAAGGACGGAUGAUUAUGUUGAAUGCUAA